CCAGAGAUGGACCAGCAGCUGUCUCAACUUGUGGAAGACUUGACCACCUCUGGGGAACCCCAGCUGGAUCCGAAGAAGAUGAAAGCGCUGAAGAACAUCUGCAGGUGUUCCGAUGAGCACAUCAACCGUGUUUACCACCUGCUGAUGUCCCAGUUAAGCCAGGAUCACGCCGAGAUCCGUCUUUCAGCCUUUCAGAUUGUGGACCAGCUCUUUGCUCGCUCGCACCUCUUCCGAAUGCGGCUUAUUUCCAACUUCCAAGAAUUCUUAGAGCUGACGGUGGAAACCAACCAUGACCAGCCUCUCCCUCCACCUGCCGAUGUGGCCCAGAAGCUGAAAAAGGCCGCCAUAAAAUCUGUACAGGAAUGGCAUGAAAAGUACGGCGAAGCCUACAAGAAACUUUCCUUGGGAUACUUCUUCUUAAAACAGAACAAGAAGGUAGAUUUUCAAGAUGUCCAUGCCAGAACAUUAGCAGAACGAAAAAGAGACGAAGAAAGGCAAAAACGAUUGGAUAAUAUUUACAAGGAGAAAGCCCAAAAAGCUGAAAAGGAAAUGGAAGAGGCGUCUCCAGAAAUCCAGUCUGUGCUGACCGAGCUGGAGAGUUGUUUUCAGCUGUUGGUUCCAGAUCCUUUGGACUUCGCCAUGCACGAGGCUGAUACCACAGGUUGGAGGCGAAGUCCUUCGGCCCGGGUUGCAAGCCAGCGAGCAGCUUUUCUGGAUCACGAUCCACAGCCUUGUUGUAGCAAGGACCUCCUUGCCAUUUCUCCAGGACCCCAAAAAGAUCCUUCCCCCGACUCCGGCGGUGAAAUGGAGAAGGACCAAGAUCCAGAAGAUCCCUUACAAAAGCCUGCAUCGAGUUCUCUCAGGGUUAUGGGAGAUGAGGAUCCCGCCAUGUUCCUUCGCAGCCACGGACUCGGCUCUUACAAAUACACCCUCAGUCUUGAAGUGCCUUCAGAUGUGAAACUGAGCGAGAAUGAAGACAAUGCAGCCAUCAUCAAUAACCUUUCGGAUAGUUUUAAGCUCGUAACAAAUAAGUAUUUGCCAUUGGUGCAGUAUUGGAUUCAGUUAUUCACCAGGGCUGGGAUAAGCGACGAUCGCCUGAGACAAGCCAUCGACCUUAAAAACAGACUGGAGACAGCUUUGGAGAAGACUAAAAAAAUGAACAUUGAUUUUAAAGAGAGGAAAAACCAGACGAAAAGUCAAAACGAGGAGGAGGAGGAGGAAGAGGAGUUUGUGGAGGUGCCUGAGAAAGAGGGAUUUGAGCCGCACAUCCCUGAUCACCUUCGGGAAGAAUAUGGCCUGGAGCCUGUGUUGCCCACCAGGAAAAAUGCGGCAGGGACUGGAAAGAACAGGGCUGCCCCAACAUCUCCGUUCUCGUCCCCAUCUGUAAGGAAAGAGGAAGAGCUGGAUCCCACCUGCGCUGCGGCCACCUGGAAAAUGAUCCGAGAUAAACUGCCCAGGCUGCCCACUGCAGAGGACAGGGCAUUGUUUUCACAUUUCCAUAUAAAGAUCUAUAAAAGGGCCGAAUAUCAGGGGGCACGUAGAGGGAUUUAUAUCGGUGUUUUAUCAUUCCAUUUUCUUCUCUCUAGGUUUUCCUCUCAGCAUCGCUUCUGGGCGCCCAGCGAGGUGGAAGAAGAAGUAGAAAACAAGGAACUUUCGGGGAUGCUCAAAAGCCGCUAUAUCACCUACGCUGGCACCUUUGAACCCGUGAAGCACAAGUGCCGAGCCCCGAUGCCCAGCGGAGGCCUUUGUGAGAGGCAGGAUAGAUUUAAGUGCCCUUUCCAUGGAAAAAUCGUUCCUCGGGACGAAUCGGGAAACCCCGUGAACCAAGAGGACCGAGAGAGAGAAGCGAGGAGGCAGUUCGAAAGGAAAGAACAGCAGCCAGAAUGGCGAGAUGCCGACUUCAUGAGAGAAGUGGAAGCCGCCACGGGCGUCGAUCUUGGCUCCUCUCAUUUCAACAGAAAAGGGAAAGGAGGGAAAAAGAAAGGGAAGACCAAGAAGAAAUACCCCAACCUCACAGACCUGAAACAGGAGGCGAACACAUCCCGUUCCCGACUCGGGAAAAGAGUUUUCAACAAGUUUCAUGGUUUGCAGCCCUUAAACCGCGGCAGUAACCUUGGCUUCGUAUCUAACAGUCCCCAAAUUACUUGAAAAGGUGUGAAUGAUGGCAGCAGUUCUCGGCUCUGCCCAUAAAGUGAGGUGGAAUCGUACACCGGAGGGAGCUCGUUUCAUUUACAGUAUCG